AUGCAAACCGUUAAGGACACAGUUAACUACGUCUCUGACUCCGUCAAGGAAGCCACCUCAACCGCCUCCAAGGAAGCCAACAAGGAAGUCGCCAAGGACUCAAACGCUUCUCUCGGUACCCGUGCUACAGCAGCAAAGGAUGCUGUCAGUGACAAGAUGGACGAAAGCAAGCACAACGCAUCUGCUGAAGUGAACAAGCAAAAGGCACAAAACUAA